AUGUCGCUGCUGACAACCGUCAGGUUAUCAACGACAUUGCUGCUGUUUAUGUUGCUGCCGCGGCAAAGCAAUGCGGAUCAAAAGUUUUCACUGCCCUCCGUGCCGCUGCCACCUCCCCCGCCCUACCCCGCGACCAAGCACAACUUUGCCCUAAACGCCUUUGCUAUUGCCGAGCAUGCAACAGAUACAGUCAGUUCCCCCUCCACCUCCUUCUCCUCAUCCUCUUCAUUCUCCCCAUCCUCCUCCUCCUCUUCUGGCUGUGGCGGUCUCCUCAAGUCCCGUUAUGGCCUCAUACAAACACCCAAUUUUCCACAUCGCUUUGCCACGCCCAUCGAAUGCGUUUGGAUAAUUGACGCCUCCGAAUUGCCCGCCACAGCCCAAGGCAAUGUCUCGAUUGUGGUUUAUCUGACGCAACUCUAUGUGCUCGGCGGUCUCAAGUUCACCGAGUACAUGUACUACUCGGAUGACUUCAAGGUUCCGGCUCAUCGGGUCUUCGCCUUGACCGAGGACGACGUCACGCAGGUCACUUGGAUGCAGUUCAACAGCCAGUACCUGGAGAUACGCUUCAGCAUGGCCACGCUGGAUGGCACACAUCUGAGGGCGCUCGAUCGAUUGCUGGAUGUCUAUGGAUUCAAUAUCACCUACGAGGUGCAGCACGAGGUGAAAGCGACGCAGUGCAACACCCUGCAGUGUCGCUUCCUCGGUGAUUGCUUUGCGAGUGAGGAUUACAGUUCUUAUGGCUGCGCCUGUUUUCCCGGUUUCAGUGGCAACGAUUGUGGGCAUGGUCCACUCUGCACGGAUGCGCAUACCAACAUUUGCCAAAAUGGCGGCACAUGCAAGCACAUCGGAGAUGCAGCUAUAACGUGCCACUGUCCAACGGGCUACAAGGGCACCAAAUGUGAAAUACCAGAAAUCAAUGAGGCGACUCAGGGUUGCAUAGGAAAUGCCAGCGCCAGUAAUUGCCAUCGUGCAUGUGAAUUUGACAACAACAGCGUCGGCAGCUCCAUUUCCAGCUCCGGCUCCGGCUACUUCAAUCUAAAAAGCAAUCGUAAUGCGGCACGUAGUGGCAAGACGCGCUACGAGGUGACCAUGCGACUGGGCGCCAAUCUGACUGGAUACUAUCGCAAUUCGGAGCGCGAACAAUUGGCUGGCGUCAUGGAGCGACAGUUGACUCGCGUUUUACGCAACUUUAAUAUUACGAAAAUAAGCGAUCUUGAACUGAUUUCCAAUACCACCGAUCGUUUGGAUAUCACAUUCCAUUUCUUUGGCAUCAAAGGCGACUCGCAACGCAUCCGCGAAGUCAUCACUCGCAUGGUGGAACGUGGACGUAUUGGUAACUUUACACUCGUCUCUAAUUUUCAUCAUUUUGACGAGAAUCCGCCGCUAAAUAUGUUGGACCUGAGCGUCAAUCAACCACAAGCUGCUGUGCGCGAGGACAGCGAAUUUAUCAUAUCCUGCACAGCCCAAGGCUCAUCACGCAUGCAGUUCCAAUGGUUCAAAGACGGCGCACCUGUAAAUGCCACCAAGGCAACGAGAGAGAUCUGGACUACGGUAUUGCCGCCGGAAACGAGAGAUGUCUAUACGGCUAUUUUAGGCGUUACCAAAGCCAGUCGCAUCGAUGAGGGUGUCUACAGUUGUAAGGUCACCGAUUGGGGUGUGGAGCAAUGUCGCUCGUUGCACAUUCACAUCAAGUCGCCGCCGCGUCUGCGUGUGGAUCCGGCGAGCGUGACCUUGCAACGUGGCGACUCGUUGCGGGUUCGUUGCCUGUCGCCGGGCAACGAUGACAUCAAGCGAUAUGCACAAUUGGGCUACAGUUGGACAAGGAAUGGAGUGCUCUUUCAGUCGGAUGCAGCGACCGCAAUGUGGGAGGAUCUCUAUCCGGAUGGCAGCAUUCUCAAAAUCAAUAACAUCCAAAAGUCCGCAGAGUAUGCGUGUCUCGUCUCCAACAGUGUGCGUCCAGUUUCAAGGAGUGUCUACAUCAACGUCAUCGAGCGCAAUGCGGUCCAUGUUUGCCAAGCCGAGUCAAGCUUUGGCGUCCAUUGGCCCACAAGUGCCCCUGGUGCCCCCAUCAUCACCGACUGUCCGCGGGGCUAUGAGGGACACUCUCGACGCAUCUGCGAGCAACGCGAUGCGGGAAACUCCAGCUGGUUACUUCCCGAUUUCUCCAGCUGUGUGCGGGACGAGCUGUUGCUCAUCUACAAUCGAUUCCGCGCACUGAGCGCAGGAUUUCAGCAGACCAACUCGUCAAACAUACUGAAGGCCUGCUUUGAUUAUACCCUACAGCGGCGACAGAGUUUCCUGCCGGGCGAGGCGAGUUUUCUCAUCGAUAUGCUGCAUGAGCUCGACACCUAUUUGCAAUUGAAAGGCACACAACUGGAGCGUGAGAUGGCUGCGGAGAUAAUACUCCGCAUUCUGGACAAAGUCAUGCAAAAUGCACAAUCCCUGAACAGUCAACAGCAAAUUAAAAAGUUACAGCUUUUAACGCAAUCUGCGGCAUUGAACCGUGAGACAAUUGCGGCCUCACAAUUGGCCACAUCGACAGGGAGCAGCAGUGGCAGUGGAAGUGGAAGUGGCAGCAACAGUCAGGCAACGUCUGGCGACAGCUCAACAACUUUGACCGCACAGGGGGGCAGCGGAGGCAGAGUCAACGGUGGCGCCACGAGUAUUUUGACAGUCGAUGAGGACACAUUGUCGCUGGAUCGCCUGAAUUCCCUGCGCAUUUACAUGACCUCGGUGAAAACGUUGCCGUUCAAUUUACGCAUUUACGGCGAGGACCUGUUUUCGGAUCAACUUUAUAUGGAUAUUGGACUGUCGACACGGCUGCUGCAUAUCAUGACCAAUUCGACAAUAUUCGCUUCUGUGAUCUCCUAUAAGAAUCUGAAAAGUUUUCUGCCGAAAACUUACUACACGCGCGGCAGCGAUCCCAAGGACUCGGACUAUGUGCUCGCCUCCCGCAUAAUACAGACCUGGCUAUUUCAAUCAAAUCGCUCGAAUGAUAACUUUCGGGAACCUCUCGAUUUGUCCUUUGAGGCUGGACAUGUGGAAAUUAUCUUUCAGCAUGAAAGUGUUCCCAAAUCCGGCGACUGGGUAGCUGUAUGCGGACACGACCACAAGGCCUCCUUUGACUCGACGUGGCGCUCGGAUCUUUGCAUUACCAAGCAUUUGAUGGAGAACAUUACCCGCUGCAUUUGUCCACUCUCUGGAACCUAUGUUGUUAUGCUGACCAAAAAGCAGCCCAAUUCGACACAAUCGCAUGCCCCACAGCGACCCAUUUUUGUGAUUGUCAGCUGUGCCUGCUGCCUGUUGCAGUGUUGCUCCGCGUUUCUCAUUCUCCUGCCCAUCUGGUGUAAUCGCAAGUGUGCCGUGACCUUUCUCAAGAUGCAGUUCUGCUUCUCAACAUCGAGUGUUAUGCUUAUCUAUUUGCUGGGCUUCCUGAAAAUGCUGCCAGUGAACUGGCAUGCGAUAAUCAGCAGCACAUUGGCAUCUCUGUUGCUGCUGGGCAUCUCCACGUUGAUUGCCAUUGCAUUGGUCAUACACACAGAGCUCGUACCCAAGAAGUAUCUCCAGAUCGGCAGUAAACCGACGACACCAACAAAGCAAACCAAACGCCGCGAGAGUCUUAGCAAUAUUACGCAAAUUAGCGUCCAGUCGCCGGCGGAGUUGACAGUCGCUCGUCGCAACAGGAAUUGCCAGAUGGCCAACUGCGGUUCCGGUUCCGGAUCCGGAUCCGGUUCGGGGUCCAGUUCCGGCUCCUCGGCAGGCAUACGCGGCGCCAUUGGCAUUAGUUGGUUGUUGCCGCUGCUGUUUGCCAUUACAGCGCCUCUAAUCUGCAGCAUCAUUGGCAAAUGGCCGCGGAAUUGGUGGCUCGAGUUGUUUUGGACCAGGCCAACAACAGAUGCCGGCAGUGGCAAUGAGGAGAGCCAAGACUAUGAUGGAAGCGCAAGUAUCUAUUAUGCCACACACACGCUCCUCAAUGGCGAUAAUUUACUGCUCGAAUCGGAGGCGCUGCUCGGCAAUGGCACGGCCAGAGUCCCGUGCAACAUCCUGACUUUGUCAUCGAUAGACGAAGGCGUUGAUUUCUCCACGUCAACGUCAUCAAUCACAGGCAGCCAAGACUUGAGUCUUGAGUCUGUGACAGCUGCGGCUUUAACUUGGCCACAACAACACGAACAGGCAGCGGCAUUCACUUCCGGUUUGGGUGUGACAGCCACAACGUCAUCGUCAACGUCAUCGUCAUCUUCAAUGGCAUCGCCUUCACUGUCGCCAUCGUUGAGCUUCAUUCUCUUCAUUUGCAUCGAUUUGCUUUUCAUUCUACUCUUCUUGGCGCUGUUUGUCAUUUUAAUGAAGAAACUUUUGUGGUUGUGGCACAAGAAUCGCAAUGUGCACACGCAUCCGUUAGAUAAAUUCAAUAUGGCGCUGCGCAGGCGACUUGGCCUACUUUAUCGGGCUGGAGGAUUGCUGCUCAUAAAACUCUGCACCGAUGGAUGCUUCAUAGCCUAUGUGAAUUCAUCGCCGGAUACUUUAUGGUCAUAUCCGUUUGGCAUAUCGUGUAUAAUGCUGGGUUUUGGAAUUCUCUUUUGCUUUGUGCUGAAAGCAGAGAGUCAACUGCGUGGUCCUCCGUUCCUGAGCAGCUAUGGGAGCAGUCAGAGCAGUUCCUUGAGGCAGACCAAGUUCAAUACGAGCAAGACAAGUCUGGACGAGAAUUACUGUACAACGACGACGGCGAGCAUCAAUAGCCCGCUGAGCUUUUACACGAAUCACGACAAGGAGAAGGAAAUCGAAUGCAUGGCAACAUCAGCGGCAGCUGCUGCCGUGGCAAGCUCAUCAGGAGCGCUGCAGGCAAAGCAAGGACUUGAGCUGUCAAUGGCAACAGGAUCAGGAGCAGGAGGCGGAAAAGGAGGAGGUGGAGCAGGUGGAGUACAGCUGCCGUUGACAAUCAUUUCGACGGCACCGCGUUGCCAGGCGGCAUCUGUUGUCAGUGGCACGGAUACGCUACACGGUGGACAUCAGCAGCUGCCACGGACAGUGGCUGCCUCACCGGCCACACGCUGCUGUGCCAUGCUCAGUGGCGGCAACGCGGAGGCAGCCACAGCGCUGGGCUAUGCCUACGAUGCCUACACGAUGGGCGGCCUCACGGGCAGCCUGGGCCGCCGGAUGUUGCAUCCACAGCAGACAACGCACUACACAGCGGCAGCGUGUGAUGAAUUUGUGGGUGUGGAAGCAUUGGACAUACUACAAGGUCUGGCAGCAGACAGCAUCAUUGGCAUCCACGCGCCCCAUUAUGUGCCGCUGCAACAUAAUCCGUAUGUGGACUUUGUGCCCAGCUCAUUGAUGCUCAACAUGACACGAGCACCGUCGCUGCCACCACCCACUAUCAGCGGCAAUCUAAGUGGUGGCAUCUCUAGUGCCACUUUGCCCACGCCCAAGACCCAAAAGAGGGUUACCAUACUGGAGCCAACAUCUCGCACCACCUUCGAUCCGCUGUUGCCCACUAUGGUGGCUGCAGUGGUGUCCACCACCACCACCACUGCCACCACAACCGUUUCCAUUACACCGUCCACACAGACUGCGAGUGUAGACACGGGCAAAACUUCAGGUCACGAUGCAACACUCGAUCGGAUAACACAUGAUCUCGAUUAUUUGCUUAACCGUGGCAACCUGGAUGUGGACACAGCAACAGUGACGCCACCACCACCACCCUCAGUGGUGCACAAGAAAUGCGAAGGGUCACAGCAACAAACACAGCAAAGCAGCAAGUUGUAAGAGAGUGAGAGAAAAUGAUAAAUCUAUGGAUAUGCAAUUUGUAAAUAUUUCCACAUAACUAACUCUAAACUCUG